CAUUACACUUGAAAUCAAUUCCAAAAUCUUGACAACUAAUGUCCAGUAGCGACAUGUCCAUAACUCCCUUGUCCCCCUCUCGGCCCGUCGAAAACGGUGCGCAACACCCAAUCCAGUCCAUCCAACUCAGCUUUUCAUCAGGGCCAGGAGGAGCUUGGGACGAUAGAGAAUUGGUCAAUGCUGCCAAUUCGGCUAUGAAGGAGUUUCAUGUACAUCAUCCAGGGCCCGGUAGCUGGCUCGACAAGGCGACAGCGGCUAUGGCUUUAGGACGGCCAUUGCCUGGAGCCAACGAUUAUGGGUCCGCAUGGUACACCGCCUCUGCUCCAGCUGUGCCCGUGGAGGAGACCUCUUCAGCUGCUCCCCCCAAGAAGAAACGCAAAACCGUCAAGAAGCCCGACGCUGUCAACCCUUAUGAUCCCAUCAAUACGACCUAUGCUUUAAACGAUAAUGGGGCUGGCCCAUCCGCCCCUUCUUUGAUAAAUAGAAAUGGUCGGGCAAGCCCGACUUAUCAGCCGCCGUCCCCAGGUGGGCCAAAUGCUGUUGAACAAGCGCAGGUUGAGGCAGACGAACAAGCGGCAGAGGAUGCGGAAUGGGGAGAUGUCGAGGAGAAUUGGGAUGAGGAAGAUGAGGAAGAAGAGGAUUGGGAGGUGGAGGAUUAUACCUACCCUAGACAAGCAGGACCGGUCCAACCGCAACCUGCUCCUGCCGCUCCAGCUUAUGGCGUCUACCCUGCAGCUGGUGUUUCGAGAGACGAAGCGCUUGGACAUGCUAUGACGGCACAGUACUGGGCAGGGUAUUGGAUGGGCAUUGCACAAACAAAAGAAGCCGAAGAGGAGAAGAAGAGCAGACGGAAAGCGCAAAGGCCAGAUAAGGCCGCGGUUGGGGAGGAACAGGAGAAACAGCCAUCAAACGUGAUCGUUACAAAGCAUCAGUAUAGUUUCAAUAUGCUCAAUGGGUUAAAGCGUUAGUGGGACAUGCAUAUGAUUGAA